CUCUAACCAAAAAUAUUCACUCACAAACCAGAUCUCAAUCUUCUACCUCUUUUCUCGAUAAAUCAAAUCGCAAUGGCUCGCACCAAGCAGACGGCAAGGAAAUCAACCGGAGGCAAGGCCCCAAGGAAGCAGCUAGCAACAAAAGCAGCGAGGAAAUCAGCUCCAGCCACCGGAGGAGUGAAGAAGCCGCACAGAUUCAGGCCAGGAACAGUGGCUCUAAGAGAGAUCAGGAAGUACCAGAAGAGCACCGAGCUCCUGAUCCGCAAGCUCCCGUUCCAGAGGCUAGUGAGAGAGAUCGCUCAGGAUUUCAAGACGGAUCUCCGUUUCCAGAGCAGCGCCGUCGCCGCUCUCCAGGAAGCUGCCGAGGCUUACCUCGUCGGACUGUUUGAGGAUACUAAUCUGUGUGCGAUCCACGCCAAGAGGGUGACGAUCAUGCCUAAGGACAUACAGCUCGCCAGAAGAAUCAGAGGUGAAAGGGCUUAGGAUCUUCCUCGAUGGUUGAUGCAUCUGUUUGAACGAAUGUGUGAUGAAUUGUAAUAACUUCAAGUUUAUUAUAAGAACAUUUGAUCCAGUUUAAA